AUGUUGGCUGAGUUUGACCCGGUUAUUCAAGAACAUGUUCGUCGCAUAACAAAUGAUGAAACUCAUACUCAUUACCUUGGUCAUGGCAUCCAAAAUGAGUUAAUACAUUUGAUUGCUUCUGCAAUUAAAUCUGAGAUCACUAAAAAAAUAAAAGAAGCAAAAUAUUUCUCGGUGAUACUUGAUUGUACUCCUGAUGCGAGUCACCAAGAACAGAUGUCUUUGAUUAUACGGUAUGUUGAAACAUCUUCAAGUUCUAUUUCCGUUGUAGAAUCCUUUUUAGGAUUUUUGGAUGUAAAUGAUACCACUGAAAAAGGACUCUUUGAGGUUUUGCAGGAUGAACUAAAGAACCUUGAUCUAGACAUAGACAAUGUGAGAGGGCAGAGCUAUGACAAUGGAUCAAACAUGAAAGGUAAGAAUCUGGGGGUUCAAGCCUUGCUUUUGAAUAUAAAUCCUAGAGCUUUUUAUUCUGCAUGUGGGUGUCAUAGCCUUAAUUUAACACUAUGUGAUAUGGCCAAGACUUGUGGUAAAGCUAAGGACUUAUUUGGAAUCAUACAAUGUAUCUACACAACAUUUGCUAAUUCCACUAAGAAAUGGAAGAUUUUGAAAGAUAAUAUAGGAGAAGGAUUGACUCUGAAAUCAGUCUCAUCUACUCGUUGGGAGAGUCGCAUAAAUAGUGUCAAAGCUAUUAGGUUUCAGAUUUCAGAAAUACGAGAAGCUCUACUGCAAGUAGCUGAUGUCGAUAAAGAUCCUAAAACUUGUAGUGAAGCUAAAUCUCUAGCAAAUAAUGAACUUGGUGAUUUCGAAUUUGUAGUAGCCAUAAUCAUUUGGUAUGAUGUAUUGGCUGCAAUAAAUUUGAUUAGCAAGGACUUACAGUCAAAAGAUAUGCUUAUUGAUGUUGCCAUUGAAAAAGUGCAAGGCUUGAUUACCUUUUUCAAAGGUUACAGAGACACUGGUUUCACUACUGCAGUAGAAAUAGCAAGGGAAAUAGAUAUCAACCCUGCAUUUCGGAAAAAGCGUGAAAUUAAAAGAAGGAGGUUUUUUUGUGAAGGACCUUCCAAAAAAUUGUUGCAAAAUUGUACCAAAUCAUUUUUGUAA